AUGACAUCUUUCGAAGACAAAGUGAUUGCUAUCACUGGCGCAGCCUCUGGAAUGGGGCUGGCCACAGCAAAGCUCCUCGCAAGUCGAGGCGCAAGAAUAUCUCUCGCAGAUAUAAACGAGAAGGCCCUGCGCGAGGCUAUCCAAUCCCUCCCAAAUAGUGAUAAUCAUAUGUUCACGGUUGUAGAUGUGCGCAGCAGCAAAUCAGUGGAUGGAUGGAUCCAGUCGACUGUUGACAGAUUAGGCAAGUUGGAUGGUGCUGUAAAUAUGGCCGGAGUGAUCACUCCUGCUGCUCCGAUCACAGAAGAGACCGAUGAGAACUGGGAUUUCACAUUUUCUGUGAAUACAAGGGGGAUCUUCUUCUGCUUGAGGGCUCAGUUGAACGUACUGAAAGCCGGUGGUAGCAUCGUCUCUGCUGCCAGUGUUUUCGGUCAAAUGGGUGCCCCCGGUGUCUCGGCCUACUGCGCCAGCAAAGCAGCUGUUAUUGGGCUGACACAGACAGCAGCAAAGGAGAAUCAGUAUGUUCGAGUCAAUUGUGUUUCGCCAGGCUCUGUCAAUACACCCCUUUCUGCCAGUGAAGACCCUGAAGAUGUGAAGCGCGGCUUGCAAAAUACGGCACAGAAACGACAGGCACAGCCGGUGGAGAUUGCAACUGUAGUCGCAUUCCUUCUCAGUGAGGAGGCAAGUUUUGUGACUGGAGCUGUGUACAAUGUGGAUGGAGGUUGGAUGUGCUGA